UUGGGUCAAAGGAAAGCCGGGAAGAGACACAGCAGCUACCUUCUCGUCUCCUGCGCCUGACCCCUCCCAGGACCCGUGAUGCCAGCUGCAAGGAGCGACGAACGCUCGGGGUUCAGCCCCAAGUGAGCUGAGGGCUCGCGCUCUUCUGGCCCUCCCCCCGGGCCCGCCCCACUUGAAGAAAUGAGUGGUGGAUUGGCCCCAAGUAAAAGCACAGUGUAUGUAUCCAAUCUGCCCUUUUCCCUGACCAACAAUGACUUAUAUCGGAUAUUUUCCAAGUAUGGCAAAGUUGUAAAGGUUACUAUAAUGAAAGAUAAAGAUACCAGGAGGAGUAAAGGGGUUGCAUUUAUUUUAUUUUUGGAUAAAGACUCUGCACAAAACUGUACCCGGGCAAUAAACAACAAACAGUUAUUUGGUAGAGUGAUAAAAGCAAGCAUUGCUAUUGACAAUGGAAGAGCAGCUGAGUUCAUCCGAAGACGAAACUACUUUGAUAAAUCUAAGUGUUAUGAAUGUGGGGAAAGUGGACACUUAAGUUAUGCCUGUCCUAAAAAUAUGCUUGGAGAACGUGAACCUCCAAAGAAGAAAGAGAAAAAGAAAAAAAAGAAAAUUCCUGAGCCAGAAGAAGAAAUUGAAGAAGUAGAAGAAAGUGAAGAUGAAGGGGAAGAUCCUGCUCUUGACAGCCUCAGUCAGGCCAUAGCUUUCCAGCAAGCCAAAAUUGAAGAAGAACAAAAAAAAUGGAAACCCAGUUCAGGAGGUCCUUCAACAUCAGAUGAUUCAAGACGCCCAAGGAUAAAGAAAAGCACAUACUUCAGUGAUGAGGAGGAACUUAGUGAUUAAAAAUAUAUAUAUUAUGUAAAUAUCAUUAAUUUUUUUUUUAAGUCUUGGAGUACCAAGUUCCCUUGGGACUAAAAAUUACUUUUAGAAUUUGAACAUAAGAACACUUAGUACCAAAUACUUUUUUACUUUAGAUAGUUGAUAGGAAAUGGUAAUUUUAUAGUAUCAUGUUUAUCUUGCAUCAAGAUUUGCUAAUAAUAAUUAAUCUUGAAAACAGUUCAUUUGAAUAAAAAAGGAAAUGUAAUACUAUUAUAACAAAGCAAUCCCAAGAAGAAAGUCAAAGUCGCUCAGUCGUGUCUGACUCUUUGUGACCCCAUGGACUAUACAGUCCCAUGGAAUUCUCCAGGCCAGAAAUACUGGAGUGGGUAGCCUUUCCCUUCUCCAGGGGAUCUUCCCAACCCAGGGAUCGAACCCAAGUCUCCCACAUUGCAGGCGUAUUCUUUACCAGCUGAGCCAGAAAGGUAGAUAGUAAAAAGAUUUGAGAAGUUCAUUAUAAAAGUUUAUUCAUGAUUGGUUUAUAUAAGAACUUUUGAAAUAAAUUUCAUCUUUAAAAUAAAAAUUUCGUGAAGACUG